AUGACCUCAAUCGCUUCCUCUGAUGCUGGAAAUUUGACUGUCGAGCCACUGUCAGAGCGCAAUGUCUCUCGGAUCCCGCUUAUUCUGCCUCAUGAGCGCGUCUUUCCAAUCCAGAUCGGCAGCGAAUUGUUUAAGCUCUCGGGGGCAUCGUUAUCCUCUGACGCACCUUCAUACUUCUCUCAAUACUUUGUUUGCCAGUUGGAAUCGGCAAAAGAACGAAACGACGAGUCGAACUCGGCUAUCCGAACGCUCUACAUUGAUCGCGAUCCAGCUAUCUUUCGCGAUAUCUCUCUUCAUCUUCAGGGCUACCAUGUACAGCCUCGCGACGGCGAGCAUUUUGUGCGUCUGUUUUCAGAUGCACAAUUCUAUAGCUUGCCCAAGCUAAUCUCUCAGCUUUACGAGGAGAGUAUUUUUAUCUCCAUCGGCCAUCGCGAGUUUCAGAUUCCUCGUGAGAUCUUCAACGACCCAGGAAAUUCCCCGAACUACUUCUCCCUUGGCUUCGCAGCUUUUUUCUCUCGCCCGGAUGAUCUCUUCCCUGGCCUUGACCGUGAAGGCCUAAUCCGUCCACCCUCGAUCCUCCCUCCUUCGGUUCCGAAGCGCAGCGCUGAUACAUUUGCUGAGCUCCUACACUUUCUCCGAGGAUAUCCUAUUCGAAUACGUGAUGAAGCACACCGCCAGGAUCUCCUCAGCGAUGCGCGCUACUUUCAUUUUAAGGGCCUUGAGCAGCGCCUUAUUCCACAUUCGUUAAGUUACAAUCAAGCCACGAGACGUGACGAGAUUGUCCUUCGUCUUGAGAACAUACAGAAGAGUGGUGUUAGUGUCUUUAUCAGCAAUACAGACCCGUUGACCGGUUUUGUGCAAUACGCUCGACCUUAUGUAGACGAGAAGCCUGCUGAGCUGGUCCUUGAAAUUGGCGGCGAAACAACCAAGCUUCAUUUCUCAGGAAGUAAUGCUAGGGCAGAAUUCUUCAGAGACACCAAAGCACGAGUUGCAAAGUUGUUUGAGCUUGUCUCAUCAAAGCUAAACUUUCACCAAGCGAUCAAAACUGAACAUCUCACCAACAACGGACAGUUGACAAACCUCGGAAACGCACUAUUAAAGGAAGAUCUUGUUCGUAUAGUCCUGGAGCCCGAAUCCGCCAUUAUUCUCGAUGGGAAGGACUAUCUCGAGGAUUUCAUCAGUGCCGCGGCUUCCGACUCUUCCGCAAACGAAUACCCCCGGAAGCGAAAGCGAGCAGAUGGUGACUCAGGCGAUGAGGAGUGGGUUGUCACAACAGGGCAAUGGAGGUUACGCAUUCAGAAUGCACCGAACGGCAGGGGUGUUGAAUGUAUUCUUGUUGCAGCGAAGCUUGAUGCAAUGCGCUCGCAAUUGUCGCGCAACAUGUCAAGGAGCUUUCUGGGAAGCUAA